UUGACGAUGCCUCUUUCAAGUGGAAUCACCCAAAAAAGGAGUGAGAAAGAAAGAGAGGGAGGAUAAAUGCGUUCCCUUCAAUACACCAGGACCUUAGGCACUCCAAGUGUUGUCAUCUCUCCUUUCAAACCCUCUGAGACAACCUCCUUCCUCCUCCAUUUCAUGUCUUGAUACCCAUAAACGAACACAUUGAAGUUACAGCUCACAUGUACCCGAAUAUCAUCGGACAGCCGCUAUUUACGGAGCUGGGCUGAUAUCACCCUGCCAGGACCUGAGGGGCGGGGCCUGUAGAUAAAGGGGCAGAGCCAACUCAAUUUCCGCGAAGCGCCUCCUCAACCUUUUUGUCCUCUCUCGGCUCCCGUCGCUUCCCCUUGGUUACUAUGGCGGCGGCGCCAUGGCCUUGAGUUGAGCGGGAACUCUGUGGUGGGCUCUUCCCCCCUUCAGGCCCGGCCCCAUCCGGCCGCCAUGGAGGAUGAGCUGUACCUGGAGAACAUCGAUGAGUUCGUCACCGACCAGAACCGCAUCGUGACAUACAAAUGGCUGAGCUACACUUUAGGAGUCCACGUCAACCAGGCUAAGCAGAUGCUGUAUGAUUACGUGGAGAGGAAACGAAAGGAGAACUCUGGAGCUCAGCUUCAUGUCACCUACCUGGUAGCAGGAAACCUCGUCCAGAAUGGGCAUACAUGCCACAAGGUUGCAGUAGUGAGAGAAGAUAAGCUGGAAGGUAAAAUGGCCUGGGUUACAAGCGUGCACGUCUACAGCAUUCAGAAAGCCCUGCUCAAAGACAGCGGGCCACUCUACAACACAGACUACGAUAUCAUCAAAACCAACCUGCACAACUGCAGCAAGUUCAGUGCCAUUCACUGUGCUGAUGCAGUCCCCAGGACUCCAGCUGAAGUUGCUCAAGCUCGGACAUUGGCACGGUCCAGUUCCCAGACAGCGAGUGACACAAGCACUGUCAGCACUCCACCAGUCAAUGGCCACGGUCCUACAGCUGCUAACAGAGCUCACAGCCCCCCAAAGGGAUCAUGGGGAUGUUUGCAGCCAAAGCUGCUUCCAAAACCCAGGAUGCAAAUAAAACCCAAAGCUAAGGAGGCCCCAAGUGUGUCUGCAGCGAGCAGUAAACCAUCAGCAAAGGCCAACAUCAUGAACAACUUCUUUGGAAAAGCUGCCAUGAAUAAACUCAAAGUCAACUCAGUGCCUGAGCAGCCAAAGGAGGAAAAAGAAGCAGUCAAGGCUUCAGUUCCUGCAACAGAACCAGAGUCAUCCCCUAAUACCGUAGCAGAGAAACCUGGGAGGAAAACAGAGCCUGCUAAAAUUCAACAGAAGGACAAAAAGAGUAAAAUGAAAAGAAUGGACAAGUCUGACAACGAGGAGGAAAGAGAGCCUGAAAAUCAGAAGAGGAGGAGGAAGCGAAUCAAGCAACUGGAGUCCGACAGCAGUGAUGAGGAGGAUGUCCCAGCAUCUCCCAUACUCGAAGAAGAGAAAGCUCCAUCUCCACCGCCUCUGGUACCUGCUCUGAAGGCUGAGCUGGAGCCAGCAACCACUGAGGCUUCAGCUGGGGGAAAGAAGAGGAAACGGAAGCGUGUGCUGAAAUCCAAGAUGUUUGUUGAUGAAGAGGAAGGCUGCAUGGUGACUGAGAAGGUUUAUGAGAGCGAAUCCUGUACUGACAGUGAGGAUGACUUUGCCAAGACCAAGCCACCAGCUGUCCCCAAGCAGCCUGCACUGCCCGUGAAGAAAGAACCAAAGGAAGAGAGGAAGAACCAGAAGAAAGGGGCAGCCAGCGCCGGCAGAGCCAACAAGCAGGUCUCCAUCAUGGGCUUCUUUCAGAAGAAAUGAACUGACUCUUUCCCCCGCUCCCUUUGGCAGCCUGGGAGCGUUGCUCUCUUUGCGUGGCUCUCUGAAAGCUGCUGCGCAGGAGGAGGACAACAUUGCAAUCUUCCAUUACGUAAGAUAUCUUGCUUACUGUGUAAGAAAGCCCUCUGGACUACAUUUUGUAUUGGGAAGAAGUUUUAUCUGUUACUGCAAUAACUUCAGUCUUCACUAUUAAGCUAUGUGAAAAUCACCACCUGGAUGCGACAUCUGGAAUGAACUCUUGAAAGACUGUUCAUGUAUUUACAUGGUGUUUUAUUUUUUUUAAGAUGGCCUUUUAGCAGCUCAGUGUUGAAGGCCCAUUCCACAAGUGGUAGAUGGAUUCCACUAGGAGUCAAGUUAUGGCAUCAUCUUUUUUUUCCCCCUUUUGUUUUCUCCCUCCCCUCACCCCUGUUUUUACACCCCCCAGCUCUCCACAUUGAUCCAAACGUUCACGUUGGUGAGAAGCUGCAAUGUAGCAGGUCUUCAGGCACACACGCAGAUAUUGAACAUCUGCUUCAGUUUGAACUGAAUGAAACAAGCUUAAUUUUCCCUCUGGGGCUGGUAAAUAGUUUUUGCUCUGCCUUUCGUAACCUUCUUUUGGACAAAGUGGUGCAUAUAAAAUUUUCUUACCCUUUUCUUCCUUGAGCAUAUCCUCUGUAAAUGGCUCAGAUGCCUAAUUAUAGAGCGGGACACUGUUGGUGCUCUGUCUCUGCAAAAACAUCUUAAAGGCUCCCCACACAAUUGGCUCUGGUGGAACUGGGGGAAGGCUGUGCUCUUACUGGGAAAGCAACGGUAUCUUGUAACCUUGGAAGUUAACGAGUCAAAGGGGAUGGGGUGUUCAGAGGGCUCUCCUGGUAGACCAAGGUCAGGUGUCCUUGUCUGUGAGGAACUGCACGCAGCUUUGUGUUUUUGUUGGGCCUGGUUUGCUGCUGAAGUGUUUUACAGGCACAAACCAGACACCGUCGAGUUGUUUUCUAGGACAUCUCGUCAGCUGCCUCUGGAGGAAGUGUUGCAGCAAAUGGUUCUGAGAAACCAGUUAUUGGAGGUGAAUAAAGCACUGCAGACCCAUUGAUUAGAAAUAACUCCUCCAUUUGGAUGCCUUCUGUCUUUUGGUGCUAAGAUUUAUAUCAUAAAAGAGGUUUUCCGGAGAA